UAUAAAUUGAGGAUCAGCAGGUAAUCUUCGCACAUGAGAAGCUGUUAGCUGAGUGUGUAAACUGAUAGCUUAUUCUAUAUUUCAUGAACAUGUCAUGGAGGAAACAUAUCUGGCAAAUGUUGAAGGCAUUAAAAAGACAAUUCUCCAUGGAGGAACUGGCGAGCUACCAAAAUUUCUCACAGGAUCCAAAGUGACAUUUCAUUUUCGGGCUAUAAAAUGUGACGGAGACCGAACAGUGAUCGAUGACAGUAAGCAAGUCGGUAGACCAAUGGAAAUAAUUUUUGGCAAUAUGUUUAAACUGGAAGUUUGGGAAAUUUUGCUAUCAUCUAUGCGGAUUGGAGAGGUUGCUGAAUUCUGGUGUGAUGUCAUUCACACUGGUCUGUAUCCAACUGUAGCAAAGAGUCUGCGUAUGAUUGUAGAAGGGAAGGACCCGACAGACUGGCAUGUUCAUACCUGCGGCCUUGCCAAUAUGUUUGCCUAUCACAGCCUGGGAUAUGAUGAUCUGGAUGAAUUGCAGAAAGAACCUCAGCCACUUAUCUUUGUAAUGGAGCUGUUAAAGAUUGAGUCUCCAAGCUCUUACAAACGAGAAACAUGGGCCAUGAACGAUGACGAGAAACUUAAAGCAGUACCACUUCUCCAUGGAACGGGAAACAGACUGUAUAAACUCGGCAGGUAUCAGGAUGCUUUGGCAAAGUAUCGCGAGGCAGUCAUCUGCUUAAAGAACCUCCAAGUAAAGCAAAAGCCCUGGGAAAUUGAAUGGCUCAAACUGGAGAAGAUGAUAGUCACAUUAGUUCUCAAUUACUGCCAAUGCCUUUUGAAAAUGGAAGAAUACUAUGAAGUGUUGGAGCAAACAACAGAUAUCCUCAACAAUCAUCCAGGUAACAUAAAAGCCUACUUUCUAAGGGGAAAAGCUCACGCAGAGGUAUGGAACAAAGCAGAGGCCACAGCAGACUUUGAAAAGGUUUUAGAAUAUGACAGUGGAAUGACCAAAGCAGUGAGAAAAGAACUACAGAUCCUUGACUCCAGAAUGAGAGAUAAGGAGGAAGAAGAGAAGCUGCAAUUUAAGCGAAUGUUUCACAAAUGAAUUUGGUGUAUCCGUAAGCAACAAAUGAUUAUAAUGUAAUCAAUAAGAUAUCACAGAUAGUAGUUUACGUGUUUUUGGGGUAGAUUUUCCUCAAUGGGCACUGCUUUGUCUUGUGUAAGAUAAUUUUAAAACAUGGUGAGCUAACGUAAAUGUAACAGUAAAGUUUGUAUGCAGUAAAUUGAAAGAAAUUACAGAGCAAAGUGUAACUGAUAAGAACUAUAGCAGACAAGAAUGUCUGGGUUACUUUACGCACAUGGCAAGGGAUCACCACAAUGGUUUGUGUAAAUUGCUCCAUAAGGUCCUUCAAAUCAGACUUCAGUCUUUGAGAAAGUAAAUAGAAUCUGCAGUACAUUAAUGUUAUUCAGAAAACUCCAUCUGAUAACUAUGUGAAAAGCAUUCAUCCACAUGUCUCCAUUGCAUUUAAUGGGUUUUUUAAUUUGACAUCUUGCUAUGAAACAUAAAAGCAUAGAAAAUAGAAGCAGGAGUAGGGCAUUCGGCCCCUUAAGCCUGCUCUGCCAUUCAUUAUGAUCAUAGCUGAUCAUCCAACUCAAUAGCCUGUUCCUGCUUUGUCUCCCAUAUCCUUUGAUCCCUUCAACUCCAAAUGCUAUAUCCAACUCCUUCUUGAAAUCAUACAAUGUUGUGGCUUUGCACUGCUUUCCAUUGGCUCACCACUCUCUAGGUCAAGAAAUUUCUCCUCAUCUCAUUCCCAAAUGGUUAUCCGGUAUCCUUUGAAUGUGACCACUGGCUGCGUGCAUUCCUGCCAGUGAGCACAUUCUUCCUGCAUUUACCCUCUCCAGUCUUUUUCGCAUUUUAUAGCUUUCUAUGAGAUCACCCCCUUAUUCUUCUGAACUCCAGUGAAUAAAAUCUUAACCCAUCCAACUACAUCAGUCCUGCUAUUAAAAGCAUCAAUGUGGUAAACCUUACAUCAUUUCCACUAUAAACAGAACAUCUUUCCUCAGACCUAUGAAGUUCAGAUGAUCACAGUAAGACACAAGGAGCGGAAAUGAUUGGGAAAAUACACCAUCCCAUCAUCUGAUGAAUAGAAGGUGCUCAGUACCAGGUUGAAUCUGGGAUUCUGAGUUUAUUUCAAUUAACUCAAAGUUGAUACUUCUCUAAACUUUAAUUUCUUUAACAGGUAACGUAAAAAUCUACUUUCUAAGGGGGAAAGCUUACGCAGAGGUAUGGAACAAAGCAGAAACAACAGCAGACUUUCCCCUUCUCAAAACUUUAAUUGUCUGUCAUCUUAAUCCAAUUAUCCAGGUAAUACAGAAUACGAGAUACAUUUAAAUGUAUUCUAAACUAAAAAAUCUUAGCCAGAUGUAUGAAUUUUACCGGAUUGAAAUUAUAUAGUCUCUUGAUAUAUGAAGAGGGCUAAAAAAUGCAAAUUUGUAGAAUAAUGCUCAUGCGUAACCAGGUUACUUCAUGGGAUUUGUAGGAAAUUCUCCACUUUGAAUAAUGGUAUGAGCUGAGUUUAAUUCUGUCAAUUGUCUGUGUCUUUAUAAACCUUACAGAAGCAAAUAGACUUGAACAUUAAAAUCCUCAAUCAACCCAUGAGGAGUUUUUGCAUGCUCUGCCUUCAUGGAAGUCACAAUAUUGUUAUUUAAUUAGUUUUAAAAGCAUAGGUCAUGUGGUUAACAGAAACAAUUCAGACCUAAGAAUCACAUUCUGCGACAUGUGCAUAAAACAGAGAAAACACACCUUAUUGACACACCUCUUUGAUGAAGGGUCUAGGCCCGAAACGUCAGCUUUUGUGCUCCUGAGAUGCUGCUGGGCCUGCUGUGUUCAUCCAGCCUCACAUUUUAUUAUUGAGAAGAAGGAAUGUUUAACCACUCUGAAAUGAAAUGUCUGACUCUGGUCAAGCCUUGCAGGCCAAGUCAAAUGUGGCAUUCAAUAACGACCAAUCCAUGGUCAAGUAACUGCUGCUGAGGUUAUAUGAUCCCAAAUGGAAAAAGAAGAUACUUGUGACCAAUGUCACAGGAGAUCAACAAAGAUUAUUGUUCACAUUUAAACUGGCUGAUGUCUGAAAAGAUAAAUAGUGUAUGUUUGCACGAUUACCUUCCAAUUACUAUGGGAAUGAAGCCUGCUUUUAUUUGAGGUUUUUGUGCCUAUAAAAGCAGGUGCAUUCUCUAUGUGCAGUAAAAAAUGUCUACUUUAUUUAUUUAACUUUGUUUAUUACAGUAGAGCUAUUUCAGUUCAGAAAAUAAACAAGGACAUAUUCCUUAGAGCUGUCAGGACUGUGCGUUUACUGUAUUAGUUUGUACCUAUUGGCAAUGUAAUGUGGGAAGUUCUUCAUUUACACUCAGAGUGAUAUCAAAUAAUAAAUGUAUCUGUUGGUGA